UUUAAAAUAUUAGUCAUCUGUGUUUUUGUUAGGAAACAUCUGCAAUGUCAUUUAUAUUUGACUGGAUCUACAGAGGCUUCAGUGGAGUGCUGCAGUUUUUAGGUUUGUAUAAGAAGUCUGGAAAGCUGGUUUUUCUUGGGCUGGAUAAUGCUGGGAAGACGACUCUACUGCACAUGCUCAAAGACGACAGAUUAGGACAACAUGUGCCCACAUUACACCCCACGUCAGAGGAGCUGACCAUCGCAGGAAUGACUUUCACUACAUUUGAUCUGGGUGGUCAUGUACAAGGUCAGAACUAUCAUUUCAAUAUCAGUCCUGUAGCCAGAAGCGCGGUGGAUCUGGAAGGGCUUCAGGCCAACAGCAGCUACAGUGUGGAGGUCCAGGCCGUCUCAUACUGGGGUCAGAUCCGACUGAAGAGCAGCAAAGCCUCCGUCCAGUUCAACACACAACUCCACAACCAGACAAGUGCGGACAAACUCACCGACAGCAACAUCUGUGGAAGCGUGUCGCUGAAGGAGCUGAACCUGCGGCCGCUGGAGGUCUUCAUGUGCAGCGUCUUGAAGAAGCAGGGUUACGGCGAAGGUUUCCGCUGGCUCUCGCAGUACAUCGACUGA